AUGGAGCUUGAAGCAACAAUGGAGCUUGGGGAUGGAAGAGGUAGUCAACUCGGAGAAGAAGACACCCCUUAUAUAGUGGAGGAACAAAUCCAACCAUUAUCCACCAACUCAGCCUGUGUAGCACGGUACUACCGCGUCGGGGACGUGGUACUACCGCAAGGGCACACAGUACUACCGCAGGGCCCCGUGGUACUACCGCCCGUGCAGCAGAAACUAGAACAACCCAGAUGCAAUGAAGCAGAGGGCGGUAGAACCGCUGGCGUGGUACUACCUCUCCCCCUUGCGGUACUACCGCAAGGCAGGGAUAGUCCAGAUUUUGGGAAGGCACGGACAUAUAAAAAUACAUCCGUGGCAACUUCCGCUGAGUUGGGAUCUAUGCAAAAAUCCGACACGGUAGUACUGCAAGCCAGGAGCGAACGAGUAAAGAGACUUGCCGGUAACGAGAUUGAACUAGGUAUGAUGAUACCGAUGAUCGAAUCUCGGGCAAGUAACAUACCGAUGACAAAGGGGAUGGCUUUGUUCGGAGUCCCGAAUAAGAUCACGGACAUGACGAGGAGUCUCGAAAUGGUCAAGAGGUGCCGUAUGUUCGGUACUUGGAUCGGUUGGAUCGUGAAGACGUUCGACUACAUCAACCGCGUUACUAAACGCUUCCGCUUUCGGUCUAUGAGGGCGUGCGGGUCGAUGCGCAUGGAGGGUGGAGGUGCCGGGGCAGGAGGAGGAGGCCACGGCGGCGGCCAUGGCCUCGGCGGCGAGGCGCAGAUCAAGGGCACGCUCACCCACGGCGGCAGGUACGUGCAGUACAACGUCUACGGCAACCUCUUUGAGGUCUCUGCUAAGUACGUCCCGCCCAUCCGACCUGUCGGCCGCGGCGCCUGCGGCAUCAUCUGUGCUGCUGUAAAUGCACAGACUCGUGAGGAGGUCGCUAUCAAGAAGAUUGGUAAUGCGUUUGACAACCAGAUCGAUGCCAAACGCACUUUGCGAGAAGUAAAGCUGCUUCGCCACAUGAAUCAUGAGAAUGUGAUUUCAAUAAAGGACAUCAUACGCCCACCAAGGCGGGAGAACUUCAAUGAUGUUUACAUCGUCUACGAACUGAUGGACACUGAUCUUCACCACCUUCUAAGAUCAAACCAGCCACUCACAGAUGAUCACUGUCAGUAUUUUCUCUACCAAGUGCUCCGAGGAUUGAAGUAUGUGCAUUCAGCAAAGGUCUUGCACCGGGACCUCAGGCCGAGCAACCUGCUGCUCAAUGCCAAGUGUGAACUCAAGAUUGGAGAUUUUGGCUUGGCUAGGACCACCACUGAGACUGACUUCAUGAUGGAGUAUGUUGUUACUCGGUGGUACAGGGCACCGGAGCUCCUGCUCAACUGCUCGGAGUACACUGCAGCAAUUGAUAUCUGGUCAGUGGGUUGCAUCCUCGGUGAGAUUGCUACGAGGGAGCCACUGUUUCCUGGAAAAGAUUAUGUUCAUCAGCUGAGGCUAAUUACUGAGCUGAUAGGCUCACCAGAUGACACGAGCCUUGGGUUUCUUCGAAGUGAUAAUGCCCGCAGAUACGUGAGGUCUCUUCCUCAAUACCCGAAACAGCAUUUUGGUUCACGGUUCCCCAGUAUGUCCACUGGCGCCAUGGAUUUGCUUGAGAGGAUGCUCGUAUUUGAUCCGAGCAAGAGGAUUACUGUUGAUGAGGCUCUAUGCCAUCCUUAUUUAGCAUCCCUUCAUGAGAUAAAUGAUGAACCUGUCUGCCCAGCGCCUUUCAGCUUCGACUUUGAGCAGCCAUCAUUUACUGAGGAAGAUAUUAAAGAACUCAUUUGGAGGGAGGCUCUGAAGUUCAACCCUGAAUCAAUUCACUGAAAAGUUCCCAAUGUAGAAAAGAAGCAAUUUCAAAUGGCAAAUCUAUCAGCUCCGUGGGAAAAUACAUGAGCUGACAGCACGAUGUACAGAGUAAUCAGUGAUCACGUCUCAGCAUCUUGUCAUACGGCUUGUUGAUGACACCAUGACGUCGAAAACCUGGAAAUUUAAGAACCAUGAAUGCUUGAUCAAUAAUUUGUUAGCCAAAAAAAGUGGGGCCAUUAUCUGUAUCAUGUUAGGUUGUAUCUACCCCCUUUUUGUUGUAUGCUUAACAAGACCUGAGUUAUGGACUAUGGUAUUACAGUUUCCGGCCACUCUUCCGUUGUCAGUGUUGUUCACCAUCCAACGGAUGUUACUUAUUAUUAUUGUGUUCUAAACCCUGCAAUCAAUAUACAUGUAGUCUAUUGUGUCCCCAAUA